AUGGUGAAUGUACCGAAAAGCUGCCAGACUUUUUGUAAGAAAUGUGGCAAACAUCAAUCCCACAAAGUCACACAGAAUAAGAAGGGCAAGGAUUCCCUGUAUGCCCAGGAAAAGCGCCGUUAUGACAGGAAGCAGAGUGGUUAUGGAGGUCAGACUAAACCCAUUUUCUGGAAAAAGGCUAAAACUACAAAGAAGAUAGCGUUGAGACUUGAAUAUGUUGAGCCCAACUGGAGAUCUGAGAGCAUGCUGGCCAUUAUGAGAUGCAAACAUUUUUAA